AUCUUUUUCCUUUCGUUUCGCGGGGUUUUGUAAUUAUACUAACUGUUUCUUUGUCAACAAUACGCUUCCGCGAACCACCACUUCAUCCUCACUCUUCCUUCAAAUUCCCAACAAGUGUUCAAGGGUAUUAUGCUAGCUGGAUUCAUUCUCUUGCUGAAAUGCAGUCUUUCUAGGUUGCCUUAAUGUCUUUGAAGACCUUUUAAGUUGAAUAUUUCGUGUGUUUUAAGUCUGGAGUGAAGACUCUGCAGGUUGUUUGUAACUAGAAUGAUGUCUUCCGGUUGUGUGACAAGUGCUAAACUUAAAUCUCUUGAUUAUAACUGUUCAAGAGAUGAUCUUGAUGAAUUCUUUUACAAGACCACGUUUGGCCAGAAGCAAUGCUCUCCAUGCUUUAGGUUUGCUCAACCUUGUUUAAUUGUUAAUUUCAAGAGGAUGACUUGGUCAGUAAGAAACAGCUUAAAUGACAGCAGUGUUAGUUCUUCCACUUCAAAUGGCAGUAAUGGAAGGACCCGCAUAAUUAGAGUGAUUCAAGAGUUUCAGAGUAAGUUAGGUUCUAAAAUUCAGGAGGUAAAGAAAAAUCUUCCCAUGAAGCUGCUUUUCUUCUUGGUUGGAUUUUAUUGUGCAACUGCCUUUGCCACUGUUAUUGGACAAACUGGUGACUGGGAUAUUCUAUCUGCUGCCUUGGCUGUGGCCGUUGUGGAAGUCAUUGGGGCUCUCAUGUAUGGGGCUUCUCUUCCUUUAGUUAGCAUGAAUAGAGGCCUUUUUGUCUUGCUUAACUAUUGGAAGGCUGGCCUUACACUGGGACUUUUCUUAGAUUCCUUUAAGUAUUGAUUUGAUAUCAUUGUUGGACGAGCAAUACCUUCCAUGUGAAUUGAAAUUUCACACUGUUCUUCUGAUGCUUGGCAUUUGUAAUGCACAUGACUCAUUGUCAUUGCAGUAAUCUGUCACCACUGUCUGAUAUAUGCUGAAGUUACACUUAACAUGACGGAAGCUGGAUCCAGUUCAACUUCUACAGAUAAAAUCCCUGAAGUUCAGUGCACAUAUUCAGAAGAUAAGACAUUCGAGCUAUAAGAUGAAUCGUGCAUAUUUAUGACGAACAUAGCAACGGUUUUGAGUUCUGACCAGGGGACAUUAAAGGACAUUGCAACAUUCAACAACUUACAUUUUCAAUUACCUCUACAUCGGCUUUGGUUCAAGCAACUCCUGGAACACCAUUUCACUCCUUGAGUCCCUUAUUUCAAUGUUUCAUCCUAUAAUCCGUCUUGGCAUCAGUUCCUUGAUAGUAGUGGGAUUGCUGGCUUUUGAUUUUGCAGGGGCAUUCAGACAAAUUGGAACUUAAAGAAGUCCACUUCUUCAUCAGAUGAUGGUAUACAUUGAUAUGGAACUUUGAAUCUUUUUGCAAGAAAUCCAGCACUGUUGUACAUGUCCAACACGAAGUAUGUGUCUCUUCCAUACAGAAGAAACUUGAUUGCCUCAAGAAUGGUGAUUCGAAAAUUGACUUCGGUACAAAUAAUGCAACUGUCUCAAAUGUAGUCUUUGUAGUGUGAUCGUGGACCAUCAUUUGUACAGGAACUAAAAAUACUUGAACAUUGCAACGUGUUCAUGUCUACCAGGCUCCACCAUGAACUGCAAACAAUGUCAUUUGUUGAAUUGAUUUAUUUUUCUUUAUUAGUAUACUGCUAGUGGGUCUUUUGAAAAGUUAUCGAUAUUGUAUAUGGACGAUUUUAGUUCUAAAGAACAAAAGUUAUCCCUCGUGUCUAUAUACAUUUUGGAUAUACAGUUACCUCAUGAAAUCCUUGGACUAAUUGAUGAAGA